AACCUCCAACCUUUCAUUUAAGAGAUUGCAGCAAACGACACCAAGGUUACACCAGUCUGCAAAGUUGACUGACUUUGCAGCUAACAGUCUUACAUGAAGGAAUGAACAAAGUAAUUGAGGGAGUCCCGUAGGGCUUCAUCUCUUUUCUAAGCCGGCACUACUGGUGCAAGAAGCCAGGAACUCAGAUGGACACCUUUGGUAUGGACAAGACUAUGUUAAUGCACCUGAUCCUGCUGAGCCUGGUGAUUGGGAGCAGCCAGGGGUGCUACUGUGAACAUUAUCCAUGGGGGUUGUGGUCUGCCUGUUCACAAACCUGUAAUUACGGCACACAGACCAGGCACAGGCAAAUAAGAAUGGAUGAAUAUUAUAGCCAAAACUUCUGUGACCAGAUGUGCACAAAGCAGGAAUCUCGUGCAUGUAAUCAGCAAACAUGUCCUAUCAAUUGUCAGCUUGGAGACUUUGGCCCUUGGUCAGACUGUGACCCGUGCAUUAAAAAACAAUUUCGUGUCCGGACACUCCUGCGACCAUCCCAGUUUGGGGGUCAGGACUGUAUCGGGCCGCUGGUGGAUUCCCGCCCAUGUUUCCCAACUAAGCUCUGCAACAUAGUGGAAGUUGAAUGCAAGAAUAAAUUUCAGUGUGAAAGUGGUCGCUGUAUUGCAAAAAAAUUGGAAUGUAAUGGAGAAAAUGACUGUGGGGACAACUCUGAUGAAAGAAAUUGUGUAAGGAAAAAGUCUGUGUGUAACAGAAAGUAUGAGAGCAUCCCAGGUGUGCAUUUAAUAGGCAGUGGAUUUCAUAUUCUGGCAGGAGAGAUACGAGGGGAAGUCCUUGGCAACUCAUUCAAUGGAGGACAAUGCACAACAGUGAAGCGCAAUGAGACAAGGAAAUUGUAUCGUGUUCCUGCGAACCUGGAGGCUGUCAGCUUUCAGGUAAUAGACGAAGAGGAUGAUGUAACAUCAGAUUUCUAUAACGAUUUAACUCCCCUUAGUGAUAGUGCACAUGGAAGUAGUUCAUCCACUCAUAGUCUUCAAAGAUCUUCUGGUAUCCCAUUUUUAUUCUCAAGAAAGACAAGGACUACAGUCACAUCAUCUUCCUCCUUCAGGAAAGCCAUUGAAGCCUCAUAUGAAAAGAAUUCCAACUUUAUUAGAGUCCAUAAAGUCAUUUCUGUUGCAAACUUCACAAUGAAACAGUCAGAUCUGCAGCUCUCAGACGUCUUUCUAAAAGCACUUAACCACCUGCCCCUGGAGUACAACUACGCUUUAUACAGCAGAAUAUUUGAUGACUUUGGCACUCAUUACUACACCUCUGGGAAGAUGGGUGGUUCCUAUGACAUUCUUUACCAGUACAGCUCUGAGGAAUUGAAGAACUCGGGCCUGGCAGUGGAUGAAUCAAUGGAUUGUGUCCGAACAGAAACAACAAGGCGUGUGUUCUUCAUAAAGAAAAAGAAAGUCAGUACCAGAUGCACCACAAACAGGAUGACUGUGAAACAUGAAGGUUCCAUUUUGGAGUCAGCUGAACUGUCGGUCUCCCUGGUAAAAGGUGGCAGGUCAGAGUAUGCAGCAGCUCUGGCCUGGGAGAAAAAGGGGGUUUUCCCAGGACACACAGUCUUCACAAACUGGCUGGAAUCAACAAAGGACAAUCCUGUGGUGAUUGACUUUGAGGUGUCGCCCAUCGUGGAUUUAGUGAAGAAUGUGCCAUGUGCCGUGACUAAACGUCGCAACCUGUGGCGAGCCCUGAGAGAAUAUGCAGGCAGGUUUGACCCUUGCCAGUGUGCACCAUGCCCCAACAACGGCAGGCCUGUGCUUUCUGGGACAGAGUGCCUCUGCCUGUGCCAGUCUGGCACCUAUGGCAAAAACUGUGAGACACGAGCUCCGGGUUACAAAUCAGUUGCUGUAGAUGGCCACUGGAGUUGCUGGUCUGAAUGGAGUUCAUGUGAUGCUUCCUUCAAAACAAGAAGGACCCGGGAGUGUAAUAACCCCUCCCCGAUGAAUGGCGGAAAGCCCUGUGAAGGUGAACGGGAAGAAGAGGAGGACUGUUACACCUCUGUUUUCACAGACAGAGGUGCACCUUGUAUCAAUGAUGAUGAAGCCAGGAGAGAAGAGGAUGUCUCGAUUGAUGAACCUCAGUCUGGAUGCUCCAGGCCAGACCCACCAGAAAACGGAUUUAUCAGGAAUGAAAAGAACCAGUAUGCUGUGGGGGAAGAAGUCGAAAUUGCCUGUGUGAGUGGUCACGUCCUCAGUGGCUAUCAAUUCCUUCGAUGUCUGCCAGAUCAAAGCUGGACACAGCAACCUGUUGAAUGUCAACCCUCAGUAUGUCUCAGGCCAACAACAUCUGCUGGUGUCACAAUUUCCCCUUUUAAGCAACAGUACAACAUUGGUGAAACCAUGACGCUGAGUUGCCAAGCUGGGUUUGUAGUUACUGGCCAAACACAGUACACCUGUGGGAAAGACCUGUCCUGGAUACCUCCUAUUUUGAGAUCUAUUACAUGUGAAAAAGAUGUGCAAACUAAAAUUAGAGGUGUUUGCAAUCCAGGACAAAAGCAGGUUGAAUCUCAGUGUGUUUGUAUGUCUCCGGAAGAAGAUUGUGGCCACUACACAGAAGACAUCUGUGUGCUACAUGCUGUUUCUGAACAGAAUGUGACCAAGCCCAGCUGUCAGUAUGCAGCUGAAAUGUGCCUUGGAGAGCAGUCAUUUCAUUUCUUGCAUGCUGGCCCUUGCCGUGGUGAUUCCAAUCUAGACUGGGCUAUUGAAAGGGCAAAGCUCUCUACAAAUAGCUUGAAGAAAGUGCCCUGUGGCUAUGACACCUGCUAUGACUGGGAGGAAUGUUCAGAGACACAGACCCAGUGCUCCUGCUUGAUGCCUUACCAGUGCCCCAGAGAAAGCCGCCUUUACUGCAUCCAAAUGGAGUCAACAGGGAGGAGGAGGACAGUCAGUCUUUGCACGCUGGCAGCCAUGAAGUGUGCUGGCAUCAAACUGGAGGUGCUGGAGCAGGGGAGCUGCCUGGCAUAACUUGUCGGCUCUCCUGACAACAACCAUGAUCAUCCCACCAUCCACACACAGGAUGAACCAACCUGGGAAAACUUGGCUGGUUAUCAAAGGACAAGUAGACCAAAAAAUAAAGGAUGAAAAAAAAAAUAGAGCUUACUUAACAGAUUUUUGGGAGAAGGGUAGCAGUGGGCUUUUUUUGGUCUGAAAAUGACCUAGGUAGUGGGGUAUAGGGACUGCACUCAUUGCUGGUAACUCUGUGGAUGUGCAGAGGGCAGGAGGGGAAUGGAUAGGAAAGGAGAAAUAAGAGCAUUGCCCCUAGUCUGCCCUGGUGCUGGAUGAGACUUUUUCUUUCCUCAGCCAUUUGCUGGCUUGUUCCUGUGGCUGUGACUGCUGUGCACCCUGGUUUUCUCACUGGCUGAGUACCUUCUGUAUCAUCCAGGCAGGCAGACUGGGCACUUCAGCAUCAUUGCAUGUUCCCUCUGACACCUAACAGGAUCACGAAGGAGGCUACCUGUAUGGACACUUGUGGUACAAAUUCAGCGAGCAAAUAUGCAAUGAUUGAGUGAAGUCUUCAAAACCAUGUGAUUCUUAAUCAGAGUAACUGAAGGGAAGAACUGAUUAUGGUUUGCUGAUUUUGAGCCUUAGACACUGUUGGGGAAUUUUUACGGUACCACUUGAGGUGAAUUAAACACAUUUGUGCUUAAAUAUAAAAGAAAA